CGAGAAGUGCGCGUGCGCACUGACCCCGGCGGGCCCUAGCAACCAGAGCAGUGACAGUAGCAACCGCCGGAAUGGCAAAAGCAACAACAAUCAAAGAAGCCCUCACCAGAUGGGAAGAAAAAACCAGUCAGAAGCCAUCCGAAGCCAGAGAGAUAAAGCUAUAUGCUCAGAUUCCCCCUAUAGAGAAGAUGGAUGCAUCCUUGUCCACACUUUCUAAUUGCGAGAAACUUUCACUGUCUACAAACUGCAUUGAAAAAAUUGCAAACCUGAAUGGCUUAAAAAACUUGAGGAUAUUGUCUUUAGGAAGAAAUAACAUAAAGAACUUAAAUGGACUGGAAGCAGUAGGGGAUACGUUAGAAGAACUGUGGAUUUCCUAUAAUUUUAUUGAGAAGUUGAAAGGGAUCCAUGUAAUGAAGAAAUUGAAGAUUCUCUAUAUGUCUAAUAAUCUGGUAAAAGACUGGGCUGAGUUUGUGAAGCUGGCAGAACUGCCCUGCCUAGAAGACCUGGUGUUUGUAGGCAAUCCCUUGGAAGAGAAACAUUCUGCUGAGGGGAACUGGAUUGAAGAGGCAACCAAGAGAGUGCCCAAACUGAAAAAGCUAGAUGGUACCCCAGUAAUUAAAGAAGAUGAGGAAGAAGAUAACUAAUACUACAUUUUCCACUUUGUGUUAACUUAUUUAAAUGUCAUAAGAACAAUAGAUAAGUUUUAUAUAGUUGUCUAUUUUAAAGAUUCUGUGUGGGGCAAAUGAUUCUUAAGAUAAAACCAAUCUCUCAUUCCUACCUUUUUUUCUCUUAACCUAUUCAGUGUCUCUCACCCAAAACAGUUACACCAACUUUAUAUAUUCUAGUUCUUUUUUUUUUAAUUGUCUUUUUAGGGCU